AUGGAGAAGAACUUGCAGAAAUAUUUCUCAUCCGAAGUGAUCCUAUCACUGUUCUACAAUGCAGCAACUACCUACAAACAGGCAGAGUUUCGUACCUAUAUGUCACAGAUACAACAAAUCGACCCAAAAGCUGCAGAAUACAUAGAAGAAGAACCACUGGAAAGAUGGGCACGUUCAUUCCACACCAACAGGCGUUACAACAUGCUCACAACAAACAAUGUCGAGAUAAUGAAUUCUGUAUUGAGGAAAGCAAGGGAGUUGCCAAUAAUGGUAUGUAUUGAUUACAUCCAGAACAAGCUACAAAAUUGGUUUUACCAGAGAAAAUUGGAUGCAACAAGACCGUCCCAUGACCUGAUAUGUUGGGCUGAAAAGAUUCUGCUUGAAAAGAUAAGUAGAGGCUUCACAAUGAAAGUAGAAAACAUAACUCCCGUCAAAUUUAUUGUCAAAGAUGAAGGAUAUCAAUACAAUGUAGACCUGAAGAAUAUGACUUGUGAGGGCUUGGAGUUCCAAACUGACGAGUUACCGUGCACACAUGCCAUGACAGUUAUAGACAAAAAAAGUUUGUCAAAAUCUACAUAA